AUGGGUUGCAAAUUUUCAAAGAGGGCUGUUUCAAGGAAGGAUUCAUCGUAUAGCUUGACAUCAAAUCCAUGGGCUUAUCCACAAUCACUAUAUCCUCAAUCGCCAUUUCCUCAACCACCAGUGACCCAAUCAUAUGCUUACCCUUCACCUUAUCAAAGCUAUCGUGAUCAAGCUCCUACAGUUAAGAAGAAUCUUGAGAGAAAAUACUCCAGAAUAGAUGAUAAUUACAACAACUUAGAGCAGGUUACUGAUGCUCUAGCACGCGCUGAUUUGGAGUCUUCACAUUUGAUUGUUGGUGUAGAUUUUACCAAGAGCAACAAGUGGACAGGUGCAAGGUCUUUUCAUCGAAGAAGCUUACAUCACCUUGGAAUUGAUAUGAACCCUUAUGAAGAAGCAAUAUCAAUAAUUGGAAGGACAUUAGCUUCCUUUGAUGAGGAUAAUUUAACUCCUUGUUUUGGAUUUGGAGAUGCUUCAACUCAUGAUCAAGAGGUGUUUAGUUUCUACCCGGAUGCCAAAUUUUGUGAUGGAUUUGAAGAUGUUUUGAGACGUUAUAGAGAAUUAGUUCCUCAAUUGCGGCUUGCAGGUUGA